CUCCAACAACGUUAACAACAAAUCAAAAACCACACCUUUAACUCAACAACAACAAACAAGAAGGCAGAAGAAUUCAAUUUACAAAAAAAAAAAGAAGUAAUAGAAGUUAGAAAGAAGCAAAGCAACACACACAAGUUGGAAAUUGGAAAUUGGCUUAUUUAUGUAUUUUAUGAAUUUUUUUGGGCACGUAAAGCAACAGUAACAAAUAGAAUACUUAAGGUGUAAAUGUGAUGACAAAACAGUGACAAAGAAACCACUAACAAAUGCUAAAACUAUAACUAAAACCAAAACUAAAACGAAACUAACUUCCAAAAAGAAAAAAAAAAACAAAAAGCAAAUCAAGUACAGAGAUCAAAACUGAAACUAAAACCUAAAACUAACAGCAAAGCAAAAGCAGGAAGGAGUGUGUUUUCCCAAAUGCCAGGCCUUAGCCAAUUGAAUAUUGGCAAUUAUAUUAUUGGCAAUUGCUAAAAAAAAAAACAACAACAACAAAAAAUAACAAGGAACAACAACGACGAAGAACGAACAAUCCGAGAAGACAAAGAUACAACAACUGACUGAGAAGAACACUGAAGAAAGCAAAGCCCACGAAUGCAGCCAACAUUGCCACAAGCCGCUGGGACAGCCGAUAUGGAUCUGACGGCUGUUCAAUCAAUCAACGAUUGGUUUUUCAAAAAGGAGCAAAUUUAUUUAUUGGCACAAUUUUGGCAACAGCGCGCUACCCAGGCCGAGAAGGAAGUAAACACACUCAAAGAGCAGCUAUCCACCGGCAACAGCGACAACAGCGAUAACAGCGACACAGGUGCAGCAGCAGCAACAGCAGCAGCGGCAGCAGUUACAGCAGCAGGAGCAAUCACAGAUAACGAGGAGGAGCAGCAGCAGCUGAAUAACUCUAUCGUUGCAGCGGCUCUAACGCUGCAGCAGCAGAACGGCAGCAAUCUGCUCGCAAAUACAAAUACGCCGUCGCCCUCGCCGCCGCUGCUCAGCACCGAGCUGCAGCAGCAGCAGCAACAGUUGCAGUUGCAGCAGAGCGGCGGCGUCGUCAGCGGCGCCUGCCUCAAUCCGAAGCUCUUCUUCAGCCACGCCCAGCAGAUGAUGAUGGAGGCGGCUGCAGCGGCAGCAGCGGCGGCCUUGCAGCAGCAGCAACAACAGCAAUCUCCACUCCACUCACCGGCCACCGAUGUUGCAGUAGCGGCAGCAGCAGCAGCAGCAACAACAGCAACAGCGGCAGCCAAUAUGCCCGCCGAGCAGUCGAUAACCAAUGAGGCCAUGGCCAGCAGCAACAACAGUCACCAGGAUUUGCAGCUGGACGAGGAUGAGGACGAGGAUGAUGAGGAGGAGGAGGAGGAUGAGCCAGAGCAGGAGCAAGGGCAGCAGCAUCAGCAGCCAGAGCAGGAUGAGGCUGGCGAUGAUGACGAGGAUGAGGAUGAGGAGGAGGAGAAUGCCUCGAUGCAAUCGAACCCAGACGAUAUGGAGACCGAGACCAGAACUGAGCCAAGUGCGACAACGCAGGCGUUGGAACUUUUAGAGGACAACAACAAGGGGGAGGCUAGUUUAAAUGUAACAACAACAACCGAUAAUAGCAAUAAUAGUUGUAGUCGAAAGAACACCAACAACAACAACAGCAAUGAAAGUAACACCAACAAUGAGCAACAAGCUGCUGUUGUGGCUGCCAAUAGUGCCGAGGAUGAUGAUUGCGCCAAUAACAACAAUACCAAUACCACCACCACCAGCAAUAACAACAGUAAUAACAAUACAACAACAACAACAACAACCAGCAACACAGCCACCAGCAACACCAAUACCAAUAAUAAUAAUAACAACAACAGUAAUACCAAUAACAACAAUACAAAUAACACCAACAACAACAACAGCAGCAGUGGCAACAGCGAGAAGCGCAAGAAGAAGAACAAUAACAACAACAACGGCCAGCCAGCUGUACUAUUAGCUGCCAAAGAUAAAGAGAUUAAAGCACUUAUGGAGGAGCUGCAGCGCCUGCAGGCUUUGGAACAGACGCACCUGGUGCAGAUCCAGCGCCUGGAGGAGCAUCUGGAGGUGAAGCGGCAGCAUAUUAUACGACUGGAGGCCCGCCUCGAUAAGCAUCAGAUCAACGAGGCUUUGGCGGAGGCCACCGCUUUGGCAGCUGUUACCGCCGCUGCCGUUGCCGCUGCCAACAACAACAACAACAAUAAUAAUAAUAAUAGUCAGAGCAGUGACCACAACAAGCUGAGUGCCAGCGCCGCCGCCGCCACCGCUUCCUCCAGUGAUCCUGCGGAGAUCAGCAAGAUCGACGACGAUGAGGAUGAGGAGGAGGAUGAGGCCAUGCUGGUGGACACCAGCGAAGAGGUCAAGGCCGAGGAGAAGGUCAAGUCGGAGGAGCGACAGCGGAGGGAGGACGAUGAGGAGGAUGAAGAGGAUGAGGAGGAUCACAUGGCCGAAGAUCGGGCUGCAGAUCGAAGGAUUGUCAGCGAUAGCAACGAGAUCAAAAUCGAAAAGGAACAGCACAGUCCUUUGGACCUUAACGUGCUCAGUCCUCAGUCGGCCAUUGCCGCUGCCGCCGCCGCCGCCGCUGCCGCUGCCUGUGCCAAUGACCCCAACAAAUUCCAGGAGCUGCUCAUGGAGCGGACCAAGGCCCUGGCCGCCGAGGCGCUCAAGAAUGGCGCCAGCGAUGCCGUCAAUGCCAUUAGCGAAGAUGCCCACCAACACCAGAGGGAGCGUGAAAGGGAGAGGGAGCGUGAACGGGAGCGGGAUCAUCACCUGCACAGCAACAGUAGCAGCGGGAACAGCAGCUCCUCGAACCACCACCACCCACAUUCACACCAGCAGCAGCAGCAGCAGCAUCAUCAGUCUGAUGGGCUAAACCACCAUCAUGGCCUCAAUCAUCACCUGCAUGCCGCCGGCCUGCUUCAUCCCUCAGCCGCAGCUGCAGCAGCAGCCGCAGCCGCAGCUCAUCAUCACCUGCAUCAGCAUCAAGAGUCCAGCUCAAACUCCAGUGCCACCAGCACACCCACCGCCGGAGCUGCAGGAGGAUCGUCGGGUUCAGCUGGAGCCGCCGGAUCGGGCUCGGGCACGUCAGGAACCGCCUUGAAUGGCAGCAAAUCGUUGGGCGAGGAUGCCGCCACCAAUGGUUUGGCUGCCGCUGCCAUGGCUGCCCAUGCCCAGCAUGCGGCAGCUGCCGCUGCCUUGGGCCCUGGAAUUUUCCCGGGUCUACCGCCUGCCUUUCAGUUUGCUGCCGCCGCCCAGGUGGCCGCCGGUGGCGGUGAUGUUGUUGGUCGCGGACAUUAUCGGUUUGCGGAUGCGGAAUUGCAAUUGCCACCGGGUGCCUCGAUGGCCGGUCGAUUGGGUGAAUCGCUAAUACCCAAGGGUGAUCCCAUGGAGGCCAAGCUGCAGGAGAUGCUGCGCUACAACAUGGACAAGUAUGCCAAUCAGGCAUUGGACACCCUGCACAUUUCGCGUCGCGUCCGAGAGUUGCUCUCGGUGCACAACAUUGGGCAGCGGCUGUUCGCCAAGUAUAUCCUGGGCCUGUCCCAGGGAACCGUCUCUGAGCUCCUAAGCAAGCCGAAGCCGUGGGACAAGUUGACGGAGAAGGGCAGGGAUAGCUAUCGGAAGAUGCAUGCCUGGGCCUGUGAUGAUAAUGCCGUAAUGCUGCUCAAGUCGCUGAUACCCAAGAAAGAUUCUGGCCUGCCUCAGUAUGCUGGUCGCGGUGCCGGCGGCCCUGGCGGUGAUGAUUCCAUGUCCGAGGAUCGCAUCGCCCACAUUCUAAGCGAGGCCUCGUCGCUGAUGAAGCAGAGCAGCGUUGCCCAGCAGCAGCAGCGGGAGCAUGAGCUGCGUCGUCAUGGUGGUGGUCUGGUGGGCGAUGAUUCUCACAGCAAUGAGGAUAGCAAAUCGCCGCCACAGAGCUGCACUUCACCCUUUUUCAAGGUGGAGCAGCAGCUCAAGCAGCAGCAGCAACAGCAACAGCAGCAGCAGCAACAUCUCAAUCCCGAGCAGCAGCGUGAACGAGAGCGUGAGCAGCGGGAGCGGGAGCAGCAGCAGCGUUUGAGGCACGAGGAUAUGGCCCAGGACAAGAUGGCCAGGCUGUAUCAGGAGCUUAUAGCGCGAACGCCUCGUGAGGCACCAUUUCCCAGCUUGUUCUUCUCCCCCAUUUUCGGAGGAGCUGCCGGCAUGCCUGGAGCCGCUGGUAAUGCCUUUCCUGCCAUGGCCGAUGAGAAUAUGCGGCAUGUCUUUGAGCGUGAAAUAGCCAAGCUGCAGCAGCAACAGCAACAGCAACAGCAACAGCAGCAACAGCAGUUUCCCAACUUCUCCAGUUUGAUGGCCCUGCAGCAGCAGGUGCUCAAUGGAGCCCAGGAUCUCUCGCUGGCCGCUGCGGCUGCCAAGGACAACAAGCUGAAUGGCCAGCGUUCCUCGCUAGAGCACAGUGCCGGUGGCGGUGGCAGCAGCAGCAGUUGCUCCAAGGAUGGCGAACGCGAUGAGCCCGGUUAUCCCUCAUCCCUGCAUGGCCGCAAGUCUGAAGGUGGCGGUACACCGGCACCAGGACAGGUAACACCCUCAGUGCCAGCAACCCCAUCAAAUGUGGGCAGUGGAGCAAGUGUUCCAGGCAGUGGAGCUGGAGCCGGAGCCAGCAGCAACUCGGCAGCGCCCAGUCCCUUGAGUAACUCCAUCCUGCCGCCGGCUUUGAGCAGCCAAAAUGAGGAGUUUGCGGCCACAGCCAGUCCUUUGCAGAGGAUGGCCUCCAUUACCAACUCGCUGAUCACACAGCCGCCGGUGACGCCGCAUCAUAGCACACCGCAGCGUCCGACCAAGGCGGUGCUGCCGCCCAUCACCCAGCAGCAGUUCGACAUGUUCAACAACCUCAACACGGAGGAUAUAGUGCGUCGGGUGAAGGAGGCCCUCUCCCAGUACUCGAUCUCCCAGCGUCUCUUUGGCGAAUCCGUGCUGGGCCUGUCCCAGGGUUCCGUAUCCGAUCUCCUGGCCCGGCCCAAGCCCUGGCACAUGCUCACCCAGAAGGGUCGCGAGCCCUUCAUCCGGAUGAAGAUGUUCCUGGAGGAUGAGAAUGCGGUGCAUAAGCUGGUGGCCAGCCAGUAUAAGAUUGCCCCGGAGAAGCUGAUGCGAACGGGCAGCUACAGCGGUAGUCCACAGAUGCCGCAGGGUUUGGCCAGCAAGAUGCAGGCCUCCCUGCCCAUGCAGAAGAUGAUGAGCGAGCUGAAGCUGCAGGAGCCGGCGCAGGCGCAGCAUCUUAUGCAGCAAAUGCAGGCGGCGGCCAUGGCACAGCAGCAGCAGGUACAAGUGCAACAGGCAGCCCAGCAGCAUCUGCAGCAGCAGGCCCAGCAGCAUCUCCAGGCGGCGGCCCAGCAGCAUCUCCAAGCUCAGCAGCAGCAGCAGCAGGCGCAGCAAGCGCAGCAGCAGCAGCAACAUCCACACCAGCAACACCAUCAGGCAGCGGCAGCAGCGGCGGCAGCAGCAGCAUUGCAUCAUCAAAGCAUGCUGUUGACCUCGCCGGGUCUGCCGCCCCAGCAUGCCAUUAGCCUGCCGCCCGGCGGUAAUCCUGGCCAGAAUCAGAGCAACUCCAACUCGGGCCAAAACCCAGCCAACAGCGAGAAGAAACCCAUGCUGAUGCCGGUUCAUGGCACCAAUGCCAUGCGUAGCCUGCACCAGCACAUGUCGCCCACCGUCUAUGAGAUGGCUGCCCUCACCCAGGAUCUGGACACGCACGACAUAACCACCAAGAUCAAGGAGGCCCUGCUGGCCAAUAAUAUUGGUCAAAAGAUCUUUGGCGAGGCGGUGCUUGGCCUCUCCCAGGGCUCCGUCUCGGAGCUCCUGAGCAAGCCCAAGCCCUGGCAUAUGCUCUCCAUCAAGGGCCGGGAGCCCUUCAUCCGGAUGCAGCUCUGGCUGAGCGAUGCCAACAAUGUGGAGCGACUGCAACUGCUGAAGAAUGAGCGCCGGGAGGCGAGCAAGCGACGCAGGAGCACCGGUCCCAAUCAGCAGGACAAUAGCAGUGAUACAUCCAGCAAUGAUACCAAUGACUUUUACACCAGCAGCCCUGGGCCGGGUUCGGUGGGCUCUGGCGUGGGCGGUGUGGGUGGUGCUCCGCCCAGCAAAAAGCAAAGGGUACUCUUCUCCGAGGAGCAAAAGGAAGCCCUCCGCCUAGCCUUUGCCUUGGAUCCCUAUCCGAAUGUGGGAACCAUUGAAUUUCUGGCCAACGAACUGAGUUUGGCCACGCGGACGAUCACGAAUUGGUUCCACAAUCACCGGAUGCGGUUGAAGCAACAGGUGCCGCAUGGCCAGCCCGGUCAGGAUAAUCCCAUACCCAGCCGGGAGAGCACCAGUGCCACACCCUUCGAUCCCGUCCAGUUCCGGAUUCUGCUGCAGCAGCGUCUCGUCGAGCUGCACAAGGAGCGCAUGGGUCUGAGCGGGGCACCCAUCCCAUAUCCCCCGUACUUUGCAGCUGCCGCUUUGUUGGGACGCAGCCUGGCUGGAAUACCAGGAGCAGCAGCAGCAGCAGGUGCCGCAGCAGCAGCAGCGGCAGCUGUUGGAGGAGGCGGUGGUGCCACCACCAGCGAGGAGCUGCAGGCUUUAAAUCAAGCCUUCAAGGAGCAGAUGAGCGGCUUGGAUCUGUCGAUGCCAACGCUGAAGCGUGAGCGUAGCGAUGACUAUCAGGAUGACCUGGAGAUGGAUCAUCAUCAUCAGCAGCAGGCGCAUCAUCAUCUCCAGCUGCAGCAGCACUUGCAGCAGCAGCAACAGCAGCUCCAGCAUCAGCUCAGCGACAACGAAUCCGAGCAGGAUCAGCUGGAGGAUAACAAGAGCAGCGACUACGAGAAGGCUCUGCACAAAUCCGCCUUGGCCUCGGCUGCUGCAGCCGCUGCCUACAUGUCCAAUGCGGUGAGAAGUUCACGCCGCAAGCCAGCUGCCCCCCAAUGGGUGAAUCCGGCUGGUGUUGGUGGCGGUGCCACGCCCACGCCCAAUGCUGUCCUAGCAGCAGCUGCAGCAGCCGCAGCCGCAGCAGCAGCAGCGGCAGCAGCAGCCACGGCGGCGGAAAGCGAGAGAAUCAUCAAUGGAGUGUGCGUGAUGCAGGGCUCCGAAUAUGGACGCGAUGAUGGCGACCAAACGGGCAAGGAGUCGGCGGGCGGUGAUUCGGAUCAUGAGCAUGCCCAGCUAGAGAUUGAUCAGCGCUUCAUGGAGCCAGAGGUGCACAUCAAGCAGGAGGAGGAAGAUGACGAAGACGAGGAGGAGGAGGAGCAACAGCAGCCCAGUCUGGAGGCUACCCCCGAGGAGACACAGCAGCAGCAGCAGCAGCAGCAGCUGAAGGUGGUCAACGAGGAGAAGCUAAGGCUAGUGCGAGUGCGUCGACUGAGCAGCACGGGCAAUGGUUCCGCCGAUGAGAUGCCCGCACCCACGGCUCCGUUAGCAGCCUCGACACCAGCUGGUGAGGCCUCCAGCAACAGCACCACAGCCAGCUCCAGCAGCAGUCCCUUAGCCCCGCCGGCAGUGACGGCCAGUCCGAGUCCUGCAGGAUGGAAUUACUAAGAAGAGAGAGCAAAUAGAGAGUAAAGAGAGCAAAUAGAGAGUAAAGAGAGAGAAAAGAGAGCGUAGAGAGCGAAAUAAUCAGUGCAAUGUGUUGAGUUGAGGCGCGUUUACUUGUGAUUAAGUUUGAAAAUGUUUGAAAGCGACCAGGGAGAUCGAUAUCCAGAGAUCGAUAGAGAGAGCAGACACUCUAUAUAUAUAUAUAUAUAUAUAUAUCUAAAUAUAAAUAUAUAUUAUAUUAUUUUUUUUUUAACUACUAAAUAGGCGUUAGUUUGGUUUAGACCUAAGGUUAGUCCGUAGUAGUUUGUAGCUAAAAGUUUAGAGACGCUAUGCGAUCGUUGGGUGUGGAGCAGCGCAAAAAGUAUUAAAGAGAAGAGAGAUGGGGAGAGAAGUAAAGAAAGAAAGAGAAGUUGCAGGAAACCCCUCCCCUACCCCCUUGACUUGCCGAAGAACUUGAACCAAAACACAUGUGUGUCGAGAUCCAAAUGUUAGUGAAAAGAAAGAUCAAAAUCUUGCAAAGAUUCGAUGAUCGAUUAAGCGAAUUCUAUCGAUUUUCGAUUAAACAUUUUUUUCGAUUAAUUUUUUUUAUAUUAUUUAUAAAUUCUUUUAAUUUGUUUAAACAAAUUUGUGGAUUUUUCGAUAAAUCAUUUUAUCAGCUGAAGAAUUUUUCGAUAAAAAAUUAAUUUAUAAAAUUAUUUUACAAAAUUUGUAUUUAAAAAUAUUUUUUCGUUUAAAGAUUUUUGUCGAUUAACGAUUUCUUCGGUUAACGAUCUUUUUCGAUAAGCAAUUUUAUCGAUUAACGAUUUUUUUCGAUUUGUUUCUACUUGAAGACUGUAAGCAAAGGCACACACACGUAAUUCUAUACUAUUUUUUUUUUUUUUUUUUGUAUGAACUCGAUAGUUAAGUGUUAAUUCGUUAAGUGUAAAUAAAUAAAUUAAUGUAAAUAGAAAGUUUCUGUCGUUCUUCCUAAACACAAAAAAAACCAAACAAAACCCUUAAAUUUUUUAACCGCAAACCGACUUGUUUUUAACUAUCUUUUGAUCUCAAGCUAAAUAAAAAAUACAAAAUAACAAAAAAAAUGAAAACGAAGGAAAAGUUAGAGGAAAGCGAAAAGGGAAAUGAAUGCAUGAGGAAAAUUAUUUAAAAAUCCAAAGUAAAAGAUAGUUAAAGGGCAAAAUUAAAAAAAAAAUAGGAAAUAAAACAAGUAAGAAGCGUGUUUUUCCCCGUCUUGGUUUUUCCAAUUGAUUUGAGAUGAAAAAAAGUAAAAUA